UCCUGUGCCUCUGCCAAUGGCCAGAGCCCCCCACCCCAGGGAAAAGGGGGGACACACAGAGACCCUGCUGGGGUGAUUUUGGGGGGGGGUCCCUAAAAAGGGGGUGCCCCGAUUCUGGGGGGGGUCUGUCCUCAAAAGGGGGUCCCCAAAUGUGGGUGGGCCCCAUUUUUGGGGUGCAGCUCUUGGGGGGAGGUGUUCCCCAAUUCUGGGGGGGUCCCUGUGUCCUGGGGGGGUCCCCAGCCCUGUCAGGAAUUGGGGGGGGGUUCCCUCAGAGCUGUCCCCGAUUUUGGGGUGUUGCCAUUUUUGGGGACCCCCCCCCCCGAAUUUUGGGGGAUCCCCUGAUGUUUUGGGGUGCCCUGGGUGUGUCCCCAGUCCCAGCCCUGCUGCAGGAGCUUCAAUCCUUAUCCCAAAAAUAUCCCCCCCCCAUUUUGAGAGGGUUUUGGGAUGGUCCCAAUUUUUUGGGGGGGGUCCCUGUUUUUGGGGUGCCCCCUCCCCAUUGGUGCCCCCAUGGCGAGGGGUCCUUGCCCCCCCCCCCACCAUUCUGGGGGUGUCACCCCGUUUUUGGGGUGGUGUCCCCAUUUUUAGGGGGGGUCCCCAUAUUUUGGGGCACCCCACUGGGGGGGUCUCCCCCACAUCGGGGUCCCCGUCCCGGCAGCUCCGUCCCCGUGGCGGGAGGAUCUGUCCUUGUCCCCCCCGUGCUGUUCCGGGGCUGUCACCCCCUUUUUGGGGGGGUGUCCCCAUUUUUAGGGGAUGUCCCCAUUUUUAGGGGGUGUCCCCGUUUUUGGGGGUGUCCCCACAUCGGUGUCCCCGUCCCGGCAGCUCCGUCCCCGUGGCGGGAGGUUCAGUCCUUGUCCUUGGGGUGUCCCCCCGCCGUUUUGGGGUGUCCCCCCGUUUUUGGGUGGGGGUGUCCCCGUUCAGGGGGUGUCCCCAUGUCGAGGGUGUCCCCAUUUGGGAGUGUCCCUGUUCGGGAUGUCCCUGUUGGGGUGUCCCCGUUCAGGGCUGUCCCCGUUGGGGUGUUCCCAUGUCGGGGUGUCCCCGUUGGGGUGUCCCCGUUCCGGAGUGUCCCCAUUCAGGGGUGUCCCCAUUGGAGUGUCCCCAUUGGGGUGUCCCCAUUCAGGGCUGUCCCUGUUGGGGCGUCCCCGUUCCAGGGUGUCCCCCUUGGGGUGUCCCCAUUCAGGGGGUGUCCCCGUUCAGGGGGUGUCCCCAUGGGGUGUCCCCGUUUCAGGGUGUCCCCGUUCAGGGGGUGUCCCCGCUGGGGUGUCCCCAUGAAGUGUCCCCAUUUCAGGGUGUCCCCAUUCAGGGUGUCCCCAUGGGGUGUCCCCAUUCAGGGCUGUCCCCGUUCUGGGGUGUCCCCGUUCUGGGGCGCCCCUGGGGUGUCCCCGCGGGGUCAGGCGCACUUGGCGCGCGCCUGGGCCAGGAGGUCGCUGAAGGAGUCGAAGAGGCGCUCGAGCCAGGGCUGGUUGCGCAUGCAGCGCUGCACCACCUCCUCCUGGCCCAGGUCCUCGGCGCGGCCCUCGAUGGCCGUCGUCUGUGGGGACACGGGACAGCGUCAGCGGGGCGGCAAUGGGUGGGACAGGGUCCCCUGA